CUGUUCUGAGCUUUGCAUGGGAAUUGGAGCAACUACAAACAAACCGCAGGCACGAUGGAGAUAGUGUACGUGUACACGAAGAAGCGCAGCGAGUUCGGCCGGCAGUGCAACUUCUCGGACCGGCCGGCCGAGCUGCACGUGGACAUCCUCCCGGACCCCUCUCUCGCGGCCAACUUCGUCGUCAGGGACCCCUGCGAUGUGCCCUUGCAGUGCUCCCAGGAGAUGUCCGAGCACGAGGUGAACACGGAGCGGUACGAGUCUGAGAGCCGUGGGAUAAAUCACGUCGAGGGCGGCUGGCCCAAGGACGUCAACCCCCAGGAGAUGGAGCAGACCAUCCGCUUCCGGAAGAAGGUGGAGAAGGACGAGCACUACAUCAAUACCAUCAUGCAGCUGGGCAGCCACAUGGAGCACUGCAUCAAGCAGAACAACGCCAUCGACAUUUACCAAGUGUACUUUGAGGAGGACGAAGAGAUGGAGGAGUGCGAGGAGCAGCCCUGGGCCAAAACCAUCAACGUUUUCAGGGACCCUAACGAGAUCAAGCGCACAGCCACCAGUCUCUCCUGGCACCCGGACGGCAGCAGAAAGCUGGCUGUGGCCUACUCCUGCCUGGAGUUCCAGCGGGCCACCUCGGACAUGAGCCUCGACUCCUACAUCUGGGACAUAGCAAAUCCCAACAAGCCAGAGAUGACCCUGAAGCCAGUGUCCCCGCUCGUUUGCCUGGAGUAUAACCCCAAGGACUCUCACAUCCUGGUUGGGGGCUGCUACAACGGCCAGAUAGCUUACUGGGACACCCGCAAAGGCAGCCAGCCCGUGGAGAUGUCAACCAUCGAGCACAGCCACAGAGACCCCGUCUACAAGGUCAUCUGGCUGCAGUCAAAGACGGGCACCGACGCCUUCUCUGCCUCCACCGACGGCCAGGUGCUGUGGUGGGACAUCCGAAAAAUGAGCGAGCCCACGGAAAGGCUGGUCCUGGACCCCAGCAAGAAGGGGAACCUGGACAACGCCCUGGGGGCCAUUUCUCUGGAGUUCGAGACCACCAUGCCCACCAAGUUCAUGGUGGGGACGGAGCAGGGCCUGGUGGUCUCCUGCAACCGCAAGGCCAAGACGCCCGCGGAGAAGAUCGUGUGCACGUACAGUGGCCACCACGGCCCCAUCUACGCCCUGCAGAGGAACCCCUUCUUCCCCAAGAACUUCCUGACCGUGGCCGACUGGACCGCGCGCAUCUGGUCCGAGGACAUCAAGGAGUCCUCCAUCAUGUGGACGAAGUACCACAUGGCCUUCCUGACAGACGGCUGCUGGAGCCCGGUCAGGCCCUCCGUGUUCUUCACCGUGAAGAUGGACGGAACGCUGGACGUGUGGGACUUCCUGUUCAAGCAGAACGAUCCCACGCUGAGUCUGAAAGUGUGUGACGAGGCCCUGUACAGCCUGAGGGUGCAGGAUAACGGCCGCUUCCUGUCCUGCGGCUCCCAGCUGGGCACAGCCACCCUGCUGGAGAUCUCCCCGGGACUGUGCACCCUGCAGAGGAACGAGAAGGCCCUGGCCACCGCGAUGUUCGAGCGGGAGACCAAGCGGGAGAAGAUCCUGGAGGCGCGGCACCGCGAGAUUCGUCUGAAGGAGCGCAGCCGGUCGGAGCAGAGCAAGGAGGAGGAGGGCAAGGAGGCGCACGGGGAGGAGAGCGCCGAGGACCUCGUCGCGCAGGCCGAGAAGGAGUUCUUCGACAUCGUGGAGGCCGAGCUCAAGAGGAGGGAGAAGGAGGCUCGGAAACCCACCCCGCUACCCGCUCUUGUGCUCACCGAGUCAGACGUCCUGCUUCAUUUAACACCUCCGCUGGGAACAGGUAGUGAAGACAAAACAGAAUAAAUAACGCUAUAUACCCAACUGUAAUUUCCAGCCUCGUACAGCAUGAGGACAAGGUUUUAAAUCAUAUUUAUUGCCCCCCCCCCCCC